AUGAUCUUAAAAUCACUAUGGGGUGUCACAGUGGUGAUCUGCAUCUGCUUGUCUUGGUCAGGCUGCACUCAGUUGGCUAAAAUAACAGUCAGACGCUUGAAUGUUCCGUUCACCCUCACUUGGUUCUCCACGUCCUGGAACUGUGUCAUCUUUCCUCUGUACUACUUGGGUCACCUUUGCUGUAGCAAAGACAGACAGACCCCUAGACAACGCUUCAGAGAGUGUUGUCAAUUCUUGGGAGAUGACGGACUGUCACUGAGGAUGCUGCUCUCUCGGUUGGCCCCAUUUGGAGUGCUGUGGACUCUCACCAGCUACUUGUACCUUCAAGGCCUUCGCAGAAUCCCUGCCACAGAUGCCUGUGCCCUAUUCUGCUGCAGUCGUGCCUUUGUCUUCCUAAUAUCCUGGAUUGUACUGCGGGAUCGCUUCAUGGGAGUGCGGAUUGUGGCAGCCAUUUUAGCCAUUGGAGGCAUUGUUAUGAUGACAUAUGCAGAUGGUUUCCAUAGCCACUCUGUGAUUGGCAUCUCCCUUGUGGUUGGGUCUGCGUCAACAGCAGCCAUGUACAAAGUUUUGUUCAAGCUUGUUCUGGGAAAUGCAAAGAUUGGUGAGGCAGCAGUGUAUCUUACUGUCCUUGGUGGAGCUAAUUUUGUCUUCAUUAUUGCUGUUCCUCUGAUCCUGCUUGUCACAGGGGCUGAGGACUUUGUUUCCCCUGGAGAUUUGCCAUGGCCAUGUAUCUGUGGCAUGUCUGCUCUUUUGCUUGUGUUCAACUUCCUGUUGAAUUUUGGUGUUUUGAUAACAUUUCCUACUCUGAUUUCCCUGGGUGUGGUCCUCAGUGUGCCUGUAAAUGCUGUCAUAGAUCGCUACAUGUGUGAGAUCCAGCUCAACAGUGUCCGUGUUAUAGCGGCAUCUAUCAUUUGCCUGGGCUUCCUUUUGCUCUUGCUGCCCAAGGAUUGGGAGCAGUGCCUGCCUCAGUUACGGUCCAUGCUGCACACCCGGGAAGAGCCACAAGAGAGCGCCAGAGACAAACACUCAGAGACACUUCACAUCAGACCAAGAGAAGCCAGGAACAGCAACUCCAAAACUACCGGUCCUCCCAGUAUACACUGACCUGGUGUCAUUUUCAUGCCAUGAACUCCGUUUCGGCAGAUUUGUGCUUCAGAACCGCACAUUAAAAUGGAAUGGCAACAAACAACUGCUUAGAAAGAUGAGAAGUUGAUUCAGUUGCUUAUGAGUGUGCUAUUGUUAUCAUAUCUUGAUCCAAAAAAUAUUGAACAAUUCUAUGCACAACUUUAGAAUUUGCUUGGGUAAACUGUUAAAUGGAGUGGUGAAAGUUUUAUAUAUUAUUUUAACAGGUUAAAGGGAUAGUUAAUCCAAGAAUGAUAUUUUGUCAUCUUUCACUCGCCCUCAUAUUAGUAGUUCCAAACAUGUAUGACUUGUAUUUUUCUGUGGAAUACAAAUAGAGAUGUUAGGCAGAAUGUUAGCCUCAGUCA